GGAAACCCUAAUUCCAAAAUUCAAACGCCUCCACACCCACACACACACACUUCCCCAUGCUAUAUAAUCCAUAGUAGUAGCCUUCUUCCUGUUAUCUACAAUCGGUUACAAGAAACCCCCUUCUCAAUUACUCUCAAAAACAUGUAUGUGGUGAAGAGAGAUGGGCGUCAAGAGACUGUGCAUUUUGAUAAAAUCACUGCGCGAUUGAAGAAGCUCAGUUAUGGACUCAGCAUUGAACACUGUGAUCCGGUGCUUGUUUCCCAGAAGGUGUGUGCUGGUGUUUACAAGGGUGUUACGACCAGCCAGCUUGAUGAACUUGCCGCGGAAACCGCCGCUGCUCUAACUGCCAACCAUCCCGACUAUGCUUCCUUGGCUGCAAGGAUCGUUGUUUCAAAUCUGCACAAGAACACUAAGAAAUCAUUUUCUGAAACGAUCAAAGAUAUGUACUCUCAUAUCAGUGACAGAUCUGGGCAGAAGGCUCCUCUUAUUGCUGAUGAUGUUUAUGAAAUCAUCAUGAAGCAUGCUGCAAAGUUAGACAGUGAGAUUAUCUAUGACAGAGACUUUGACUAUGAUUAUUUUGGCUUUAAAACCCUUGAGAGGUCUUAUCUCUUGAAGAUAGAAGGGGAUGUUGUGGAAAGGCCUCAACAUAUGCUGAUGAGAGUUGCAGUUGGGAUUCAUAAAGAGGACAUUGAUUCUGUAAUCAAAACUUAUCAUUUAAUGUCACAGAGGUGGUUCACUCAUGCUUCUCCCACCCUUUUCAAUGCUGGAACACCCAGGCCUCAAUUGAGUAGCUGUUUCCUGAUAUGCAUGAAAGAUGAUAGCAUUGAAGGCAUCUAUGAUACUCUAAAAGAAUGUGCUGUUAUCAGCAAAUCAGCAGGGGGUAUUGGUGUCUCUGUUCAUAAUAUCAGAGCUACUGGAAGUUACAUACGUGGCACAAAUGGAACAUCUAAUGGUAUUAUUCCAAUGUUGCGUGUGUUUAAUGAUACUGCUCGAUAUGUUGACCAAGGAGGUGGUAAAAGAAAGGGUGCAUUUGCUGUUUAUUUGGAACCAUGGCAUGCUGAUAUCUUUGAGUUUCUUGAUUUGAGGAAAAACCAUGGAAAGGAAGAACAACGUGCUCGUGAUUUGUUCUAUGCUCUUUGGGUACCUGAUCUUUUUAUGGAAAGAGUUCAAAGUAAUGGAACUUGGUCUUUAUUUUGUCCAAAUGAGGCUCCAGGUUUGGCUGAUUGUUGGGGUAAAGACUUUGAAAACCUCUAUACCCAAUAUGAAAGACAGGGGAAAGCUAAGAAAGUUGUUCAGGCACAAAGUCUUUGGUUUGAAGUUUUGAAAUCCCAAAUUGAAACUGGAACUCCUUACAUGCUAUUCAAGGAUUCCUGUAAUAGAAAAAGCAAUCAGCAGAAUCUUGGAACAAUCAAGUCUUCAAAUCUGUGUACUGAAAUUAUCGAGUACACAAGUCCAACUGAAACUGCAGUGUGUAAUCUGGCAUCCAUUGCAUUACCAAGAUAUGUUCGGGAGAAGGGAGUUCCAGCUGAAUCUCAACCAUCAAAGCUUGUUGGUAGCAAAGGUUCUGGCAACCGAUACUUUGACUUUGACAAAUUAGCUGAGAUUGUAUCAGUUGUUACAAUAAAUCUCAACAAAAUCAUUGAUGUUAACUACUACCCUGUUGAAACUGCAAAAAGGUCAAACUUAAGACACAGGCCCAUUGGUAUUGGGGUUCAAGGUCUUGCAGAUACUUUUAUUUUGCUUGGUAUGCCAUUUGAUUCACCAGAGGCUCAACAACUGAACAAAGACAUAUUUGAGACAAUUUACUACCAUGCCCUCAAAGCUUCAUCUGAAUUAGCUGCAAAAGAAGGCACUUAUGAAACAUAUCCUGGAAGUCCUGUUAGUAAGGGAAUUCUGCAACCAGACAUGUGGGGAGUGACACCUUCUGAUUUGUGGGAUUGGAAUGCUCUUCGUGCAAUGAUAGAGAAGAAUGGAAUACGCAAUUCCCUUCUUGUAGCUCCUAUGCCAACUGCUUCAACUAGUCAAAUUCUUGGAAACAAUGAGUGCUUUGAGCCAUACACCUCCAAUAUCUACAGUCGCAGAGUUUUAAGUGGUGAAUUUGUUGUAGUGAACAAACAUUUAUUGUAUGAUUUGACUGAAAUGGGGCUUUGGUCUCCAACUCUCAAGAAUCAGAUCAUUUAUGAAGAUGGAUCUGUUCAGAAAAUUACUGAAAUCCCUGAGAAUUUGAAAGCUAUUUACAAAACUGUUUGGGAGAUCAAGCAGAGGACUUUGGUUGACAUGGCAGUUGACCGAGGAUGCUACAUUGACCAAAGUCAAAGCUUAAACAUUCAUAUGGAUCAACCCAACUUUGGCAAACUCACUUCUUUGCAUUUUCAUGCUUGGUCUAAGGGGCUUAAAACUGGAAUGUAUUAUUUGCGAUCAAGGGCUGCAGCUGAUGCCAUUAAGUUCACUGUUGAUACUUCUAUUCUCAAGGAAAAUAUAAAGGCAACAACUGGUGAAGAAGAUGAUAACACAAAAAUGUCACAAAUGGUGUGUUCUUUGAUGAAUCGUGAGGAAUGCAUGGCGUGUGGAAGUUAAAAGUUGUUGAAUAAUUGAUUAAUGUUUGAAACUUAUGGAAUGUUAAGUCUUGUAUUUUUUUUUUUUUUUUAGGAUUUUAGGUGUUUGAGAAGUAUUU